GGAGCUCCCGAUAGCGGCAGACGAAACCGGCGUACCCUUCUCUGUUACUGAGUCGCUCUUCGACUAGUUACAGCACAGAUGGCGAAUGUUCCGGGGCAGUUGGUAUGGGAAAUCGUAAAGAAGAACAACUCCUUCCUUGUUAAGGAGUUUGGCAGAGGCAAUGCUGGUGUGCAAUUCAGCAAAGAGCCCAACAAUCUCUACAACCUCAACUCUUACAAGCAUUCCGGCUUGGCAAACCGUAAGACAGUAACCAUCCAGCCCGGAGGCAAGGAUUUGUCAGUGCUGCUCGCGACAACAAAGGCAAAGAAACAGAACAAACCCGCCAGUUUGCUCCACAGAUCGGUCAUGAGAAAGGAAUUUCCACGUAUGGCAAAGGCUGUCAUUAAUCAGGUGGCUGACAAUUACUACCGCCCGGACUUGAAGAAGGCUGCCCUCGCAAAGCUUAGCGUAGUACACAGGAGUCUCAAGGUUGCCAAGUCAGGUGUGAAGAAGAGGAACAGGCAGGCACUCAAGACCCGCGGUAGGAAGUGAGCUUACCCUUUCUUAAAGAGGACCUUCUCCGGGCUUUUCUUUAAUCUCUCUGGUUUGCACCCACAAUAGGUUCACUUGAAAUUUAUGAUUAUGAUGACCCCAUUUCAAUUUUGGAUUACAUUUCAGUACAUCCCCUUUGGAAUUUUGUUAUUUUUAAUGUAGUUUUUAAAGGGUUAAAAUAUCCAAUAUUUGAUUGAUACCGAGAUGAAUUUUGUUACAUGGUUUAUGCGGGGGAGAUUAUUUACCCGAAGUUUAUGAUAUUGAGUUUAUCUUGGUUGUUGAAAAACAAA